AUGGCGGCAGUACAAGACCGUUCGCAGCAGCGCUCGGCGUCAGGCCCUUCCCAGACCCAGACAGAGACGCAGAGCAGGACGGGAACGAAGGCGAUUCUGCGGCUGAGGGGCGCUCAUGUGCCUUCUAGACAGUCGGUGCGCUGGGCGGAAGACGUGGUGGACAACGAGGGCCUGGGACGUAAAAGCUCAAAAGUUUGCUGCAUCUAUCACCGCCCAAAAGCCGUCGACGAAUCCAGCGACGAGUCCUCCUCAGACUCCUCUGAUGCCUCGUCCGACUCGGAGGCAGACGACCGCGGCGGGAGGAGGAGGAUACCCUCGGGAGACCACAAGGGCAAAGGCAAGGGCAAGAAGAGCGGCAAGCAGGGGGACCAUGACUGCGACGACCACGAUGGUCACAAUCACGAUCACGAUCGCAACGGCCACGGACAUGGUAGGAGAGGCGGUCGCGAGGGGAACGAGAAGAGGAGACCUAGCCCGAAUGCAUACGAAAGGGUGCCGAAGCCGCCUAAGCCCAAGGAUGAGGGGGGCGAGGGGAGCAGCGGUUCUCCGGCCAAGGCUUGA